UUCUCUUCUUUCUCUCUGCAGAUGAGUGACCAGGAAAGCAGCACCUCAGCUUCUCAAACAGAGGGAGAAGUGGAGGAUGAGCUGGAGGAUGAGCUGGAGGAGGAAGGAAUGAAAGAUGAGAAACUGAGCCACACUGCAGCUCCCAGUCUGUCCGAGUUCUCCUCCACACUGCGCGCUGUCAUACGCAUCAAACAGAAGUACCAGGUCUUGAAGAAGCGGCGUAUUGAGAUGAACCAGGCACUGGGAGGAGCAGAAUUCCUCACAGGAGCCCCAGCACGAACAAGCCCGAAAAUCUUCACGUUUGACGGAGCUGCCCCUCUGUCUGCUGUUCCUCAGAAGAAAAAGAAGAGAAGGAAAAGGAGGGUGUUGUUUCCUAACAGAGCGCGGCACAGAGCCUCGCCAAAACAGGAACACAGCCGAGCAAAAUACUGUCUUUACCUGCUCUUUUUCAUCGUCUUUCUCCAGGUGUACAAUGCGAUCGAAAACCUUGAUGACCAUGUACUGAAGUACGACCUGGACGGUCUGGAGAAGACACUGAGGAGAGAAGUGUUUGGACAGCAGGGAGCAGUGGAGGGUCUGCUGUCCCACCUGAAGGACUACCUGUCCACCUACGUCCACAACAAGCCUCUAGUGGUGUCCCUGCAUGGCCCCAGUGGUGUGGGCAAGAGCCACUUGGGACGACUCCUGGCUGGACACUUUCGCUCUGUGGUUGGUGAACCACUGGUGCUGCAGUACUACGUCCUCCACCACUGCCCCCAGGAGGCCGACACCCUGCACUGCGCCCGCAACCUCUCCACGCUCAUCUCACAGGUCGUGAAACGUGCCGAGGAGGAGGAGAAGAUCCCGCUUUUCAUCUUCGACGAGGUGGAACACAUGCAUGAAGAGAUCCUGGACACACUGUGGCAGCUCGUGGCCACCAAGCAGUCCAACGAGUACUUGAACGCCAUCUACGUGUUUCUGAGCAACCUGGGUCAGGAACACAUCACCAAACAUAUGCUACACAACUCGUCGAGUACGUCUAUGACGAUGACAGGAUCCAGUCGUCAUAGUAACCUCAUAAAAGAGCUGACUCCAAUGUUACGCAACUACCUGGAGAAGCUUCACCCACUGUGGACAGAGGCGACCAUCUUACCUCUGGGCCUCCUGGAGAAAGAUCACGUGAUGGAGUGCUUCCUGGAGGAAAUGACUCGAGAGGGUUUCUACCCGGAUCAUACCAACAUAGAGCGCCUGGCAGGGGAGAUUGAAUAUUACCAAGCUGUCGGGGGGCACAAAUACUCCAAGACAGGCUGCAAGCAAGUGGUGGCAAAGGUCAACCUGCUGUGAGAAGCUCUGCAGGAAAUGUUUGGAUGCUUCACAUUCUUUAUGAAGAAAGAGUGCAAGAGUGAAGUGAGUGGAGUUAGGAAACUUGAAUGACAAUUCAGUGGGUAAAGAAGGCUUUGGUUGGGUCCAUUCCACAUGUUUGGCUUUGGUGGGUUUGCAUUAGUUAAGUAUCUGAAGUGUAUGAAGCUGAAUCAACGUUUUGAUGGUUUUAUAAAACAUUCAUUAAACAUGGACACUGUCAAGUU